AAAACAUUCCCCCUUAAAUUUCCCCUUACAUUUGAAACGGAAGCUAACUUCAGCCUCGUAGCAACAGUUCAGUUUGACGUCUGGUGACUCACACAAAGCAGGAAGUGCUGCAGAUUUCUUCUCUCCUCCCACAUGGCGGCAGCAGGUGAAGGAGCUGGAUAGCGACGUGUCCAUACAUGGAAGGAGGAGGAGGAGAAACAGGAGGAGGUGUGGGCAGGUAUAUGCACUUUAGACGCGCUCCUAUAACUACAUGAAGACAGACCUUUACCGGGAGCUAAAGAGCCUCAAAAGAGCCGGACAUGGAAACACACGCAGAAAGGCACAAGCCGGCGAACAGCCAGCUGAUUUUUGUGCCUCACAAGGACACGGCGCGUCUCCUGGAGGUGUACGUCAGGCGCAGCCUCAGCCUGAACGACGGCGCGGUCUCUCACAAGAAAUCUCAGAAAAAAGAGAAAUGGGUGACCGUCCGAAAAAGGCGCCACUCCAGCGACCCCUCCCUCCACUUGGCUGUCCCCUCAGAUGAGGAGGAAAUCGAAGAGCGUAGUUUGUUCGAACCAUCAGACAAUCAGCCUGAGCCGUGUGUUGUUGAAGGAGCAGACAAUUCUGGCAAGAAGAACAAGAAACCUUCGUUUUGGAAGAAUCUGUUUGAGUUCUUCUCUCGGAAGAGUAGCGAGGACAAAGACGAAGAGCAGGAAAGUCCCGCUGAGACGUCCGAGGCCUCCGACGCUGCCAUCACCUGCCUGCCGACCGCCCCGAUCACCCCACGGAAUAAGAGUUCAAGGAAAAAGUCCAUAAUUAGGAGAUUCUCCAAAAAGAGACUAUCUCUUGUCAGACAAAAUACGACUGGUAAAGAGCUCAACGCUGCUGAUAUCACUGGUGUUGAAGCCGUCGUGAGUGUGGAACCGACUUACUCCUACUAUGAGAACGUGACGACAGAGCUAGAAAAAAUUGUGCGAGAGGUGAAAGAAAAAGAGGAAGAUAAGCCUCUAUCUAAAGAGGAACUAAUCAACAGGAUCAUUGCUUUGACAAAGGAGCAAGGAGACGCCAUUGAUGCCAAGCUGAAAGACAACCCCACCCUGAACACUUUCUUCCAGGGGAUGACCUACUCGUCCUUUCAGAAGCUGGCCGACGCCUACCUGGAGGAAGAAGCGACGCCCACCAUCGGCCCCCCCACCGUGCCCCCGACAGCCCCCGAGCUGGUCAAGCUGGCGUUCACGCUGGAGUUCACGGCUCAGAUCGCCGGUCUGUCCAAGCAGAACGUGGGCCACAUCAAAGGGCUGGGCAAGCGCUAUUUGCAGGACCGAUUCGAGUACACACAGGCCUGUACAGAUCAUCCAUGGUCCGACAGCGAUGACUGAGACACAUAAACCCAAAACUGCAAGUGAAAUCUUCACUUUUCUCACGCGUUUAAAAGGUCGUGUCACAACCACAAGUUCCUCAUUUUAGAUUUCGAAGCGUGUCAAAACAUAAAUUAAACUGUUCCUGUUUGCUUUUUCUAUUCUGUUGUCACUGAAACGGUGCUCCAACAGGACGUAUCUGCUUAUAAAAAGUGACAAUUUGAGUUUUACUUUGAGGAUUAGCCCAAGACGACCAUUUUGCUUUCAGUUUUCUCGGAUGAAAUCUGGAGAAAAGUGUUGAUAUUUUUAAUUGAGCCUGUGGUUUUAGGUCAUACAGUGAGAAAGGUUUGUUUUUUUUGUUUUUUUGUUUUGUCAGCAUAAUGCGACCAAAGAAAUCAUGAGGUGAUCUUGUGGACAGUGUCACAGAUUUGACGACUGACACGUCAUUACGCCUGCAGCUGCUUACAACCAGUCCAAGUGCAGCAGAGAAUUAUGUAACGAUCGAAUUGCGGCACCUAAACUAUUUGCAGAUUCCUGUUGUGUCAACAUGCUGGAACAUGGAGACAUUCUCCCUCAGAUUUUACCUGCCCCUGUAAUAGAUUUUUUUUAGAUUUUUACCCAUCAGUACAAACAAACUUGAAUCAGCCACGAAAUGAAGUUGCUGUUAAGUUACUGAGGUUAAACUUCAUAACACUUAUGUACAAAAAAAUGUUUAAAAAAAACAAAACAAAAAAAAACCCCUCAAUACUGCUGUGGUACGAGAUCCAACAGCUUGAAUCUUGGUUUGUUAAUUUCCUGAAGGCAGCGUAUGUAGAUGACGUACAUGGUACUGUUGGUAUUCUUGCACACUGAAGUCUGUUGUAGCAGCCGUCACCUGCGAUUCAAUGGGAAGCUACAGCAUAGCCAAAUUUACUGUCGUACCAAAGUUUACAUGAAAGCAGGCAAUAAACUAAUAAAGUCAGAAUACAGCUGAGCCGUCAAGAGCUCACUGAGCAGCUUUACUUGUUUUCCACUGAAAAGUCAAAUAUUCAAGGCACAAAGUAGUUUCUACCAACAACACUAAAUAUAUGCUUGCCAAGUCAGUGUGUUUACAUUGAUUUGAAAUGGAAAAACUUCUCUAUAUUUUUAUACAGAAGCUGAAAUGUGCAAUAUUUUUUAGACAUUUCUUUUGUUUAGCAGAUCUAAAAUGUGACUGUAAAUGUUUGUUGUUAUGAAUGCUGGCAUUCUCAUGACAUUCAAAUAAAAGACUCUUUCAA